UGUGUCCUUUUGUUUUCCUGUCGCACCUGUGAAUUUUGUUUUAAGUCCUCGCUUUAAAAACCCUUUCCUGAUUCCUUCUGUGUACCUGACCCAUCAUUUUAAAUCAUGUUCCAAGGUCACUUUUUGGUUUAUGUGUGGUUCUGGGGAUUGAACCCAGGUCCUUGAGCCUGUUAGGCAAGUGACCUACCUGAGCUACACCCUCAGAGACCCCUGUAAUUUUUUCCCCCUUGGCCACAAGGUCUAAUUGCCAAGGCUGACUUCAAAGGUUCCUCUUCCUCAGCCUCCCUGGUGGCUGGCAUGACAGGCAUGCACCUGGGACUGUCACACUCUAGCCUGUGAUGGGAACUCAUGUGCAUCUGUCCAGGGCUGAGCAUGGUUAUGCAGAGCUGUGCUCCAGGCUCCCUGCAGGGCUGUGGAGGCUUCUGCUGCCCAGCAGCCCUGGUGCCAUGGCCAGUGCUCCUCCCAGCCGAGGGCAGGCAGCUGCCCAUUGCUGUAGGCUGACCUUAUUUUCUUCUUUUUGUACAUGUAACUUUAUCUGGAGUAUGUUGGAUUGUUUUUCAAUUAUGAAACUAACAGGUCCUCUAGAACCUUCAAACAAUUAGUACAAUUCCUAAAGAGUAAGUGAGCAUGCGCAGAAAUUGGGCUAAUGUUUUGGGAAGAAUGAUGUUAGAUGAUAUUUUCAUGGCUUGAGUAUAUCAUCCAACAUGAAGUUACAUUUUAUUACUUACAAAAUAAUAAAAUAAUGAAGCAAUACCAUGGACUGAGCCAAAAUAUAUCCUCAGGAUCUUAGGCAUACUGUAAUAAAUCUGCAUCACUUUGGGUCAUUCCCCUCAUAUUUCCUUUGAGAUAUUUUCUAUGUGAGGCUUAAGAAGAACAGAAUAUUCUAUAAAGAAAACCUUGUGAUCUGUGCAGUAUAAAAUUGAAUGGGUUCAUUCAGAAAUCAGAAAUUCUAUUGAAAGGUAUUUGCCUGAGCCAAAUAAAACCUAUUUCUAGGCGUCCUGGUGAAGACAAGCUUUUAUCUUUAUAUGUCUCAUUGUCUGUGGGUUUGUUGUUGUUGUUGUUAGAAUGAAAUUCAUAAGUUGGCAAACCAUUUUAUCAGAUGUGUAACUAGAUGCCAUUGAAAUUAUCCACUUUUAAAUGGUAGACAUUUUGUAUAUGAACACUGCCUGUCUGCACCUUUUUUAAAAAUAGGUCUGGGCUCAGGAGCCCAAAUACCAAUGGUUAUCUGGAACAUAUUCUUCAGUUUGGCCUAUCCGCCAAUAUGCCCUGAGGUCAUCUGUUCUAUCAUCUUCAUUACCCCUGCUCCCUCACUAGCUUUCAUAGAACCCACAUGCUGUCUAUGAGUCAGGGUCACCAAUCCCACAACAUUUCGUUUGAGUAUCCAAAGUCCCACGUUUCACUUCGCCAUGCCUGACAUAGGCAGUAAUAUUUAUCAGGAAAUGUGAAAUUUUCAAAGAUCCAAUUCUAUGUGCUCCUUUCUCAAAGGGCAUUAGGCAGGGAUAUAGCAUACAUAAAUAUUAAGUAAAGACCAUAGUUUUAAAAAGUCAUAGAUACUUUUUAUUUUGGAGGAGGUAUGAUUUAAUAGGGAAUUCCAACAGCUACGUAAUAGUGAAAUGGUAAGUCUUCCAUCCAUUUUAUUUUAUUGUUUCUGAUGAUUUUUAUGAGUAAGGAUAAUAUACUUCCUUGUUCCAAUGCAGAUGUUGCCCACUUCUGUGAAUGGAUGCACGGUGUCACCUGCUACUUGGAUGUCUGCAUGUUGUGCUUGACACUAAUAUCGUACUUGGUAGGUGGCAGAAAGUCAAUACUGAAGUUAAGCUCUUGUGUUCUAGCAGCUGUGCUGAAGAUCCUUGGUGUGCCACCUUCUGCAAUCCAUGUUGCUCUCUUCAUGUUCCUUAUUGACUUCCUGGUGAUGAGCAUCAUGGUCUCCUGGUCUUUGAGAAUGGCCAAGCAUUGCUCUGUGAAUGUGGAAGACAGUCAUGUGGAAGGCUCCAGGGAGGAGGGAUCAUUGAUCAUGUACUCUAAUCCAUGUGCCUCUUUAAUGACCUGUUUUUCUUCUUGGGUUUUAAGGGAGACAGUGCCCUCAAACACUUCUGUGCAGCUGGGAAUGCAGGCUUCUGCUUCACCUUGAAGGAAGCAUUAAUGAUUCCUUUCCAGAAGACAUGAGAAGAGAGAAGUGAGCCUCUGGUAUCAUGCAGAUUCCUUGCAUUGCCCAUGGGCUAGAAGAGAGAAGAGUUGCUUCAUGAGAUUUGAUCCCCUUUUUCCUGAAAAGUUCCACACACAGGGUGAAAAUGAUCAGAACACGGAGGAGCCCUUCAGGGUACAGAGCCUUGAAUCUUACAGGCAGGACCAGCUUAGGAAUGAGCUCCUGCCUGACAUUUGUGGGAGGAACCUACAUUUCAGCAGCAACAUGGGGUUAAUCUCCUGGGAUUUCAUCCCCACCCAGCAGGUGCUGGAUCUCUUGUUCCCAAGUGCCUCACCUUCCUUCCCGGGGACCUGGGUGGACUUCUACACCGAGGCUUCCCAUUAGCCUCCAGGCUCUCUGAGUCUGCAGCUGCUGCUGCCAUCCAUGUGGCUCCUUCUGGGUAGCUUGAACCUGCAGCAACAAGCACACCACCUGCUGGCCCAGACUGAAGAUGGCAAAUCAAGCCAGGCAGAGCCUGAGAGCCAGGCGGACUGGGCUACAAGCUCAGUUCCUGUCAUGGCUCCUAAGCCAACACCAGAGCCAGAGCCUUCUCCCUGGGAAGGGGCAGAGCCAGAGUCCAGGACAUCAGGGGUCUCCACUAGGAACUCCUCACGGCCCCAGUACAACAAGCGGGUGGGAGGCAGCUGCCUCAUUCACGUCUACCUGGAAAACGAAAGGACAACAAAGUAUAAGAGCAUCCUGGUGACCUGCCAGGACAGGGUUCCAGUCAUUAUCCGCAGGGCCCUAGAUGCACACUUGCUCCAGCAGGAGGAUCCAGAAAACUUUGAGCUUCUGCAAAUUGUCUCGAACCAUCAGAAGCUGAGGAUCCCUGCUGAUGGGAAACGUAUAUUAUGCCCUGGAUGGCAGAGUGGAUUAUAACUUUCUUCUUCGGGAAACAGCUGCCAGCAAGUGGUUCAAGGUCAAGCCAAAGGAGUUCUUGGAGCCUUCUAUGGCAGUGGCAUCCAGGAUCCCAGCAGCUGUGAGCAGCAGCUCUGCAGUGGCUGCAGGACCAUUGCCCCAGGCCACCCAAAGCAAUGAGUGCUGCAUGAGAAAAGUCACCAGUAGCAGCUCCUCACUGCUUCACUCCAGCGAGCAGGUGGAAGACAGCCGCUUGGUUCACGUCCUCCUAGAGGGACAGAGCCAGAGGGACACAAAGCGCAUCCUGGUGACCUGUCAGGAGAGGGUGACGAGCCUCAUCCGCAGGGCCUUGGACCAAAAUUUGUUGCAGCAUGAGGAUGUGGACAACUUUGAGCUGCUGAGAAUGAUGUCUCUGCAUGAGAAAAUCAAGGUCCCUGACCACUCACUCAUGUAUCUGUCCAUGAAUCCGCGAAUAAAAUAUCAUUUCAUCGUGAGGAAACUCCCCCAGGUCAAGGGAAAGGAGUUCUCAGAAUCAACCUGCAAGUCCUCCAGGCCGCUUUCCCACAAGCUGGUGGGAGACACCUGCUUAAUUCGUGUCCACUUAGAAACACAAAGUCCAAAGAUGGCCAAGACUGUCCUGGUAAGCCUGGGAGCAGGGGUGUCCCCUGGUGCUUCCACCUGGGUGGGGAACAGACACUGGCCCAAGACCAUGGACUACUCAUGCCCUCUUGAAUUUGGAGCUUCUGGAUGAUCAGGAGGAUAGACGGGAAUCAAGAAGGGAGAGGUCAGUGUGAAGGGCCGGAGCUGAGAUGAGGGAGAGCAGCAGCUUGUCCACCACCAUGUCUGAGGGAGUCUGUGUGUCGGGUGGAAGCAUGCAGUCUGGAAGGGCAGGGGCAGGUAUGGGUGACAGAUGAGACUAGGACAGGACCUAGGCUGCAGGUUCCCCUGUAUGGGAUGCUGGCGUCCAUGGAGGAGGACAGCAGUAUGAGGUUCUGCAUGUUCCUUGAACAAGGAGCUGACAGGGUCUGUCUGCAGAGUCGAUAUGGAUGUAGAGCAAGCACACUAAAUGUCCAGGUAACCUGCAGGACAGGAGCCCUUUCCAAUGACCACCCUUGCCGGAUGAGGUGUCCUCCUACACCCCAGCCAGCACUGAGCCUCUGGAGGCCAGGAGCUCUCGUGGCUAUCUUUCAGCACUCCUGUGUGUGGUCAUGUUCCUGGGUCUAUUUUGGGCCCUGGCAAUCCAGACCAAAGCCUCUAGGUUUUGUGCCGGGGCUACCCCAAAUGCCGCCUGCAUCCUCAGGCAGACCUGGGAUCUUGGAGGCCACUGUCCCAUUCCUCCCAACUUGUGGGAUGAGAUUCCAUGUGUAUACAGGUAGUGGGGUCCUUUCACCUCGAGUGGAGUGCGGCUCCACAAAGAGCAAUGGCAGGUCCAGGCAGUCCUAUGUACAAGGAUUGGCCAGUAGCUUAUGGGAAGAGCCCACGCGAUGAGCAGGAGGCCAGCCUCAGGUGGUAGGGUCAUGGAUGUUGCCUUUGUAUUUAGAGUUGAGGUGCCUCCAUAAUGCCUCUGCCCACUGUCCUUGAGUAGUCACUUCAAGGCCCAUUUCCUGAAGGCCUGUCUCCCAUGCUG